AUGCUUUGUUGUUAUACAGGCUAUUUACAUAGUGGUGAGGAUGGCUAUAAUGCAUUCAUCCUUCACCUGGAAGCAUUGGAUUGGACUUAUGUUAACAUUUGCUGCAUAUUUUCUUCCAUACAAGCAACUUGCCAGUAUUGCCAAGCCAGUUUACUCUGAUAAUGGAGAACUACUGGACGGUGGCUUCGACUUGAGCACUGGUGGGAUUUGCGAGUAUCUGUAUGAUGUGAUCUAUAUCACUGUCUUCGUGCAGCUGAUGUCCCUUAUUUCUGAGAAAUUUUGGUGGACAUAUUUAGUGAUUCCAGCUUUUGCUGGAUACAAGAUUUCCGGUCUGUUGAGAGGAGCAUUUUCCAGCGGUGGUUCAGAGGGUGAAGUUGAAGAUGAGAAGACCAAAAAGAGAAGGGAGAAAAUGGAGAAGAAGGCAUCUAGGGGAAAGAUGAUCAAAACUAGGACUCGUUGAUAUACCAGCUAGGGCGCCCGUUGCUGGAAGGUUAGAUGGUUUAUCAUAGCUGCCCAACCAAAAUCCAAGCUGUUCGGCGAGUAUUAUCAUGAUGAGGAUGUUCAACAACCGGUUGCUCCA